UGACAUUAUUGCCACAAUGUACCAAAAGGGUAGUGGUUAUUCCAUGGACCCUUUUACAGCAGCUACAGAGGCUUGUCGGCGUCGAAAAAAGGGAGGCAAAAACGGCAGGACUAGUACUGCCACCUGUUUUUCGCCUUGGUCGGUUAUUUCGUGCUGGUUUCAGAUCAGAAGAUCGAAACAUGGAACCAUCAAUUUAGACGAAGAAGACACAGAACAUGAUAUUGCAUUUGAUUGCUUGGAUGAUCCCGUAUCAUCAUCAAAUUCUGCUUUAGAGUUACCAGGAGACCAUAAAAAAGAGGCCUCUUUUAGCUUGGGAGUUGGGAUUGGUCUAAUGUAUCUUAUGGCCACAAACAAAAAUGAAAUCAGCAAAUUGGUUGAGCUGUGCCAGAGGAUGGAAACUAUGAUUCAGAAUUUCAACAGGGAGUUGGGCAAUGAUCAAAGGAACGAUGCAAAUAUCAGCUAUUCUUACUCCACACCAAAGGCUCAAAUCUUUCCUAAUCAACCCACUGAUCAUUUGUCUAUCCAAGAUUGUCCGUCUUAUUCAUGGGAGCAGGAGAAUUCAAACUCAGAAAUCACUUCUACCAGUUAUCAGAAUUCUUAUACCAGAGUGAAAGGAAAAGGGAAGAAAUUGGAAAUGGAUCAGCUUGAGGCUGAACUCGAAGCGGAACUGGAAAGUCUUCAGUUGCAUUUGGAUGACGAAGUUGUCUUGAAUUACUCUCACCAGAAUCACUCAGAGAUUGUGAUUGAAGAAUCAGCACUUGAAGAAAGCAACGUUGCAAAUUUAAUAGAAGUAAAUGAAGAGCUUGGGAUGGAAAAUACAGAACACCAAGGGGUGCACCCAAGAGAGCUGGAAAGGAAAUUGCUUGAACUUCAACAAGUGAGACAGGAAGAAAGGAUAAGAGAGCUCGAAUCAGCUCUAGAAAAUGCAGUGCACACAAUUCAUCAGAACGAAAAGGAUAUUUCUUGGUGGAAAGAUACUGCACGGAUUGUUUUCAAGAACAGCGAUCAUCGAACCUUACAAAACUCGAAUUUACACCUAGAAAACUGAUGUCUUAGUUACAUAAGAAAAAAAACAUUCAAGUUGACUUGGCUAGAU